AUGAAGACAAUGUGGUUCACAUUUUUUUAUGGAGAUAUAAUACCUUUAGGCAUAUUGUUCAGUAUUAUGGGUUUAACAUUGUACUAUUUUGUUGAUAAGUAUAAUGUACUAAGGAGGAGAACAAUCAAGGAAUCAUUAUCAAAGCAUUUGAGUAUAGAAAUGAUAGAGAUGUUGGAGUUGAUCAUAAUAUUUACAGGGAUUGGCAAUACUGUAGUAUCGAGUAUAUUGUUUGGGGAAGUCAAAUGGUAAGACUUUAUUAUAAUCAUAAUUGGAAUUGUGUACAUUUUACUGCCAAUGGAGGACAUUUCUAGUGUGUUAUUUCCACUCGAAUAGAAGGAUGAAGUCUAAACUUAUUAUGAAGCUGAGGAACACUUUAAUACUGAUUAUGAUAGAGAGAAUCCAGUAACGAGAAGAGAGAUAUUACAUGAGAUUGCAAAGAAAAAAUGA